UUUCCAACCCGCUCUGCCCGCCGGGCGUCCAAGCUCAGGGUCACCCUGGCCCCCGUGGCCCCCGUGUAGAACGAGAGAGGCCCCAGGCAGCGCCCGCUACAGCAAUGCGAUGAAUCUGAAAAGAACCUGCGAAUGAUAUUAACUGUAAAUGAUGAGCCCUGGCAUCAAAGUGAAAAAGGAGACGCCGAUAUCUCUCCAUGGUGAUGGAGAACCCUACCACAACGACAUUUUGGGGGCCUUGAAGACCAGCAGUUUCUUGUAAAAGGCCAUGGAGUGGCUUCGAUAGGGGAGCGAACACCUUUCCCAAGGAAGGGAGCGGCAGAACGUCACCCAGCGGCAGGGGGGCUGGGAGCUGACCAGCAGUACCACUGAGGGCAGCCUGAGACUCGUCGCAAGAGCAUCAGGGAAACACACCCCUCCCCCACCCAUCUCCUCCACCUUGUCUGACGGUGCAGCUCCUUUCAUGCUGGGUGGAGAUUGAGUGACUGUGUGACGGAACCAACCUGGAGGACGAAGCUUUUCCUAUGGAUCCCAACCUUCCGGGGUCCUUCCUCUUCAACAACGGCCUGAACCAGUACCCUUCGGACAUGAAGGCGCCCGUGUGCCAGUACUCGGUGCAGAACUCCUUCUACAAGCUGGGCCCGGGCCUCAACAGCCAGCUGGCCUCCGGCACGCCGCACGGCAUCAGCGACAUCCUCAGCCGCUCCGUCAUCGGCUCCCCCAGCUCGGCGCUGCUCUCCGGCUACUCCGCCGUCGGCAGUUUCGGCACCGUCCCUGCCCCCGGCGUCUACUACAACCGGGACUAUGGUGCCUCGCUGGGCAGCUUCACCAAGCCCGGUCCGGAGUGCGCGGUGAAAGGGCGGAGUGGCGGAGGCGGCGGGGGAUGGGGUGACCCCGGGUACGAGUGGAGAGGAGGAAGGCAGCAGUGCGGCACCAGCAGUGGUCAGCUUGGCGACGGCACCAGCAGGAAGAAACACACGAGGCCCACCUUCAGCGGGCACCAGAUCUUUGCCCUGGAGAAAACGUUCGAGCAGACCAAGUAUCUAGCAGGACCAGAGAGGGCAAGGUUGGCGUACUCUCUAGGAAUGACAGAGUCUCAGGUGAAGGUGUGGUUCCAGAACCGACGGACCAAGUGGCGGAAGAAGAGUGCGUCAGAGCCCACCUCCACGCAGGUGGCACGGGGGGAACAGGGAGGCGAAGCCUCGGAGAACGAGGUGGAGGACGAGGAAUACAACAAGCCUCUGGAUCCGGACUCAGACGACGAGAAGAUCAGGCUGUUACUGCGCAAACACCGCAGAGCGUUCUCAGUGCUUCGCCUUGGGCCACACCAGGUCUGACAUGCAUGCGCACACGCACACUAGCUUCAGAGAACAUCACAUAUGCGCACGACUGCGGUGAACAGUCUGCAGACACAAUGCCACGUUCACACUGCAACGUAGAGUUACGACCUUGCAGCAGUGAUCACUGGCACACAGAAACCCCGUUCUCCAGCAGGGUAACCUGAUGAGGAGAUUAGGAGCUACUGGUUAUCCACAGAACAUUUCACUCUGUGCUGUGAGACUGAGCCAGAGAGACACUGGAUGACUUGAAAACGUCAGAUUCGCAAACAAUGAUAUCAUCAGAAAACGGAGGAAACCUGUUUCCCAUUCCUACACUUCAGGAACUUACAGUAACUAUGUAAAGCUCUGCAUCAUUUCUUUGAAACGAUAUGGCCCAAUAAUGGUUAAAGAAUGAGAUAACUGAUUAUCGCUACAAACAUAAAUGACUCCAACAGUGCCAUUUGAGUCCUCCAUAAAACAGCCUGUGCAUAUUCGCUGUAAUUUGCUAAAUCCAUUAUAAUAUAGAUGUAAAGAUGAUGCCGUUUAAGACGUCUGUCAUUGCCUGUUACCUGAUUUCCCUGAAUGUAAAUAUAACAACUGUGGUAUAAACAGCAUAAUGUAUUACAGUUUCAGUGGCUGAAACUUCAGAGCAUUUUCACUGGGAUUUAGGUUGAAUUUGCCUGGUAACAUGAUCUUAUGGUUCACGCUUUUAAAGAACAAUUAUGGCACAACAUCCCAUCUCUAUGUUUCAGCUACUUACAAGUUAUAUAAAUUAAUUGAGAACUUGUACAAAAUAAA